UCUUUUUCUUAUUCCACUUUUUCGCUCUUCGCUAUUUCAAUCUCAAACCGCACCAGUUACGAUCUUCUCUCGCCUCCUUCGUUGUUUUUUUGUGUCGGGACCCAGAAACCGCGUUUUGGAUUCGCGUUUUUGUGCAAUCGUGGGUAACAGUAUAUUUCGAAUUCCGCAUUUCUUCCUUUCGCGGGAUUUGGGAAUUGCGGCUCUGUUUGGAUCCUUGAGAUGGGAAUAGCGGCCACUGCCUUCUAACGAUAUGUCUCCUGCAUCCCGAUCCAAGUCUAAAGACAGAAAGGCUGGCAAGGAAGCUCAAAAAGCUUCUGCAAAGCCUACAGGUUCUAGUAAUGCAGUAGCCGGUGUUCCAGCCAGUGCAUAUAACCCAUUGUCAGGAACAUUCCAUACUCUAGAUGUGUUACCAACGCCUACCUCACCAAUAAAUUCUAAUGGUCGUUUUCGGAACAUAGAUGAGACAGAUGACCAUCCUGUCAACUCAGUGGUUGCUGGUGUUGAGUAUGAUUCUGUUUCUAACAAUGGCAGUUGGUCUGGUGAGUCCGAAGAACAUAAAGAGAAAAGUUCUAGUGCUCCUGUUCGACCGGAAUCAGUACCAGGAGCUGAUAAUGACAAGCGAGAGAAAAUCCGCCAGAAGAAUGAGAAAAAGCAUCAACGGCAGAAGGAAAGGAGAGCACAGGAAUUGCAUGAGCGGUGCAGUGGUUAUCUCAUGUCAAGGAAACUUGAGGCACUUUCUCAACAGCUUGUGGCAAUGGGAUUUUCUCAGGAACGGGCUACAAUGGCACUGAUAUUGAAUGAAGGUAGGGUGGAGGAAUCAGUAGCAUGGCUGUUUGAAGGUGGUGAAGAAGCAGAUGGUCACAAGGAUACAAACCUAGGUAGGGGCAAUUUGAAAAUUGACAUAUCAGAUGAGCUUGCUCGGAUUGCAGACAUGGUACACAGGUAUGAUUGCUCGAAACAGGAGGUUGAAAGAGUGAUUGUUAACUGUGAAGGCAAUCUUGAUAAGGCUGCAGAGACCUUGAGAGAGAUGAAACUUGAUCCACCAUCUGCUCCACCAAAGCCAGAGGAAAUUGGUGAUCCUCCUAUUGUUAACAAUGUUAAACAGUCAGGAGUUGCAAGUCAGAGCUCGAGGUCACAAACAAAACCUGUCCCUUCACCACAACCGAAAAAAGAUGACAAGGAUUUUAACUAUACAAAGGCUGCAAUGACAAUUGGAGUAUCUUCAGAAUCCAGUAAUAGAAAUAUGCAACCUCUAAAGAGAAUCCCCAAGUCUGAAUGGGCAAAGACUCAACAAGCUACCGUACAAGCUGAUAAAAGGUGGCCAAAUGCUGGAUCUAAUCCAUCUGUUUCUUAUUCAUUGGCUUCACCGUUGCAAAUGUCACCCCCACCUGCUAAGUCUGAAGCACGAUAUAUGUCUGUUGGAGGUGAUUAUAAGAACCUUCAACCUGGAGUAGCCAGGGAACCAUUAGUCAUGAUGCAGCGGCCCCAAACUGUAAAUGUAAAGCAAGUUCCAGCCACAAGCAUGAGCUCAUCACCUCCCGGAAUAGCUGCUGGUUGGUAUCCAACUAACAGUCUUGAGGCUGUGAGAUCUAAUGGCUUUUUAUCUCAUGCUCCUAGCACUAGAAGCCUCACUCCAGACUAUCUCAGUUCUAAUCAAAUGUAUCACCAACUUCAGUAUCAACCUCAACAACAGUUUGUUGGUGGUAGUAGUAAUUCAGUAGAUCACCAAGCAACCUGCAGAGGGAAUAAUGGCAUUUGGAAUAGAACAGGUGCAACUCCAACGCUUGCUGCUGCUACUUCUCUAGGGCUCUUUUCUGGACUAGGAUCAGCAGGCCCAUCAGGGGCAUCUUCUCCAGUAGACUGGAGCACUGGUGGGUCAAUCCAGUUUGAUUAUACUAACAUAGACUGGUCCUUGGAUAAAAGUUUAGCUUCACCAAGGUCAAAUGGUUUAUGGCUAGGACUUUCACCAUUUUCUAAGAAUAAUGCUCAGAUGUAUGACUCAAAUGCUUCUGGAGUUGUUGCUCAAUCAUCAAUGAGAUCAGUGCCCUCAAAUAGGAGCACUAUUCCCAUGCCUGGAUUGCAAGAUGGUGGAGUAGCUUCUGCUGAAACAUCUACUGGUUCUCGGGAGUGGAGUUCUCCAUUUGAAGGGAAAGAUCUUUUUAGUUUACCCAGACAGUUUGUUUCUUCUCCUUCUCUGUAAAAUGAGAGGGAGAAAGUUGAAUGAAUAAAAUUAAAGAAAGACCCAAAAAUGUGUGAUUUGAUGUUGGUUCUUAUGAUUCUACAGUUUAUGAUUGUU